AACUCUUGUGGAUCUUUCUAAGAUUGUUUGGCAUUUUGUCAUACUUUGAAGAGAAACAGGAAAGUUGGCGUUUGGGCCUUGGCAUCGGAUCUAUAAUUUACAACAACACAGUGAAGAAACAUCUCAGUCGACUUGAGAAGAUGGCAUCAGGCUUUCCGUUUGCUUUGUUGCUCUGUUUGUCCAGCGUACUGUUGGCUGCAUCUGGUCAAGCUCCCUGCUCUCCAGGUUGGACUCAGUUUGGCUCUCGCUGUUUCGCUUUCUACAGCGAGACAAAGACCUGGAUCAAUGCAGAGAACUUCUGCAUCUCCGCUGGUGGGAAUCUGGCUUCCAUCCACUCAGCUGACGAACAAACAUUCCUCAAAGACUUCGUUAAACAAGUGACCGGUGCAUACCCAGAUUCCUGGAUCGGAGGUUUUGACGCAGUGAAGGAGGGUACGUGGAUGUGGGCCGAUGGAUCCAAAUUCAACUACAAUAGCUUUGAUGCGGGGCAGCCUGACAACUUCCGUGGAGGGGAGAACUGUCUUCUGAUGAACUGGGGUGGAGCAGACAACUGGAACGACGGGGGUUGUAGCACCCCACUCCCUUUCCUGUGCUCCAAGAACCUGUGAGGCCUCCCUCCAUCAUGAUCUCACUACAGCUCAUCUAUAAUCUCUAUCAUUGAUUCUCUUUCAGUUUGUUCUGCAGACAGAAACAGCUCUCUGCUGACAGACUCACUUUCACUUGUUUAUUAUCUGAAGAGUUAGGAAACCGUUCACAUUUGAGUUUUAA